AUGGCAGCGAUCGCUCCAACGGCAGGCGGCCAGUAUCAUUGGGUCUCGGAGCUCGCCCCACGACGAGUGCAGAGCUUCCUCAGUUACAUCACAGGCUGGUUGGUAUCCCUAGGCUGGGUCAGCUAUCUCACUCUGGUGUCGUUCACUGCGGCUACAACGAUCCAAGGCCUCGCCGUGCUCAACUAUCCCGACUAUGCAGCCCAGCCAUGGCACGCAACACUACUCACCUGGGCAGUAGUAUGCUUCGGUCUAUUCUUCAACACGGUUCUUGCGCCUCGGCUACCUGCCAUAGAAGUCAUUUUCUUCGUCUUACAUGUCGUAGGAUGGUUUGGAAUCUUCGUCACCUUGCUUGUGACGGGUCCGAGGCGUAAUGCCUUUGAUAAGUUCACACACUUCACAGACGGCGGGAACUGGGGAAGUGAUGGCCUGUCGGGUAUUAUCACGAUGAUGAACAGCCCGCUAUGCUGGUUGGGUACGAGUCGCCAGUGCACAUGUAUCCUCGAGAUCGUCAUACUCGUACUGAACUACUACUCAGCCGAAGAGACACAGAAUGCGUCAACAACAAUGCCGAGAGUGAUAACGUGGAGUAUCGUCAUGAACGCGAUCAUGGUCAUUGCUCUCGCUGAUGUCUACGUUACGGCCAUAGACGAUCUUGACGCCACCUUAUCAACUCCGAUCGGUGUCGUCUGCAUCCAGGUCUUCUACGAUGUGACCAAAAGCAGAUCCGCUACGAAUGCAAUGGCAGCUCUUGUUGUGAUCGAGUCGAUCUCCGCUUGCAUAGCUGAAGGCGCAUGUGCAUCACGUCAAGUGGAAUGUACCACAUUUACAUAA